GGCGCGCUUAGCUCGGGCACGGAAGAGGGAGUCAUUAUACACGGCUUAGGAAUUACUCAGUUCACCUCAACGUUCAUUUAUUUAUGUAAAUCCUGCGUUGUUGUAUUAUUCUCAGUUUUCCGCCAGUUGAACGUCAUAUUGUGUCUGCAAGGGAACAUCGAAGGAGGAUUAAAAAAAACACAUUUCCCACAAGCUAAGGGAUUUUAAAUAAUACUUCUUUAGCGUUUUAUUUGUAAGAGCGCUGAGUGCGCGCCCCGUGCACCCGAAAAGGGGAAGGCGGGUGCGCGCAUGGAGAGUGCAUUCGGGCAAUACUAGAGCUGGGAUGUCUUGACGGGGUUGCCUGGGCACUCUGGACGGGUGCGCGGCACGUGCUGAUGGGAACUGCUGCUCCAAUAUGAGCCUUCAUGAUGUCGGAGGUAGGAGACGUUUCGAGGACCCCGAGUUCACCCUGCGAAUAUACCCGGGGAGCAUCGCGGAAGACACCAUUUACUGCCCCGUUGCGGCCCGCAAGACCACCACAGCCGCGGAGGUCAUCGGGCAAGUCAUCGACCGGCUCCGGCUGGACAGGACCAAAUGCUAUGUGUUGGCGGAGGUGAAGGAGUUUGGCGGUGAGGAAUGGAUCCUGAAUCCCACGGACUGCCCUGCCCAGCGAAUGAUGCUGUGGCCACGGAUGGCGCUGGAGAACCGCGUCGGCGGCGAGGACUACCGCUUCCUGCUGCGGGAGAAGAACCUGGAUGGCUCCAUUCACUACGGCAACCUGCAGAUGUGGUUACGGGUCACGGAUGAGCGGCGCCGCCUGGUGGAGAGGGGCCUCCUGCCACCUCCGCUGCCCAAGGACCACGAUGACCUGUGCAACCUGCCUGACCUCAACGAAAAGACGUUGCUGGAGAAUCUGCGCAGCCGCUUCAAGGAGGAGAAGAUCUAUACCUAUGUGGGCUGCAUCCUGGUGGCCAUCAACCCCUUCAAGUUCUUGCCUAUCUACAACCCCAAGUAUGUGAAGAUGUAUGACAACCACCGACUGGGCAAGCUGGAGCCGCACAUCUACGCGGUGGCCGACGUGGCCUAUCAUGCCAUGCUGCAGCGCCAGAGGAACCAGUGCAUCGUCAUCUCUGGCGAGAGCGGCUCGGGCAAGACCCAGAGCACCAACUUUCUCAUUCACCACCUCACUGCACUCAGCCAAAAGGGCUUUGCUAGUGGUGUGGAGCAGACCAUCCUGGGUGCGGGACCAGUGCUUGAGGCCUUCGGAAACGCAAAGACGGCUCACAACAAUAACUCCAGUCGCUUCGGAAAGUUCAUCCAAGUGAAUUACCUGGAGAGCGGAACCGUGAGGGGAGCCUACGUGGAGAAGUACCUUUUGGAGAAGUCCAGGCUGGUCUACCAGGAGCACAAUGAAAGGAACUACCACGUGUUUUACUACCUGCUGGCAGGAGCGAGCGAGGAGGAGAGGCUGGCCUUCCACCUCAGGAACCCUGACGAGUACCAUUACCUCAACCAGAUGACAAAGAAAGCCGUCAAGCUGCACUGGGAAAAUGACUAUGAGAGUGAGCUGGACUGCUUCACGGUGGAAGGGGAAGACCUGAAGCAUGACUUUGAGCGUCUGCAGCUGGCCAUGGAGAUGGUGGGCUUCCUGCCUGCCACGCGGAAGCAGAUAUUCUCCCUUCUGUCGGCCAUUCUGCAUCUGGGAAACAUCCGAUACAAGAGGAAGACGUAUCGGGAUGACUCCAUUGAUAUCUGCAACCCUGAAGUGCUGCCCAUUGUCUCUGAGCUGCUGGAGGUGAAGGAGGAGAUGCUGAUCGAUGCGCUCACCACUCGGAAGACGGUGGCUGUCGGCGAGAGGCUCAUCGUGCCCUACAAGCUAGCAGAGGUUAGCACAGCCUGCUCGAUCCUCCAUGGGACAGAUCCUUCUGGAAGGUGCCCCUUAGUCAAUACCCUCUGGUACGAUUCAGCAAGAUCUGCAGAGAUCUUGGAAGAGUACUGCACUGAGGGCAUCAGCUGGCACAACAUCGACUACAUCGACAACAGCGGCUGCAUCAGCCUGAUUAGCCGGAAGCCCACAGCUCUCUUCCACCUGCUGGAUGAGGAGUGCAACUUCCCACAGGCCUCAAACCAGACUCUGCUGGACAAAUUUAAGCGUCUGCAUGAGGGAAACAGCUACAUCGAGUUCCCAGCUGUUAUGGAACCUGCAUUCAUCAUCCGUCACUAUGCUGGGAAAGUCAAGUACGGGGUCAAGGAUUUCAGGGAGAAGAACACCGACCACAUGCGGCCCGAUAUCGUGGCCCUGCUGAGGAGCAGCCGGAGCGCCUUCAUUGGCGGCCUGAUCGGCAUCGACCCCGUGGCCACCUUCCGCUGGGCCGUGCUGCGUACAUACUUCCGAGCCACCGUGGCCUUCCGAGAGGCGGGAAGGAGACACAAAGAAAAGAAGGGUGGACGAGAUGAUGCAGCUCCUUGUGCCAUCUUGAAGAGCGUGGAUAACUUUAGCUUUCUCCUUCACCCCGUGCACCAAAGAAGCUUAGAGAUCCUGCAGAGGUGCAAAGAAGAGAGGCACAGUAUCGGCCGGAAGAGUCCUCGGACACCCCUGUCAGACCUUCAGGGUUCCAAUACGCUAAACGAGAAGUCUCACUGGGGGCAGGACAACAGCAGUGGGGGGUGGAAUGUGCGUGGCAGCAGGUCGGCUUGGCUUUCCUCGUCCGUGAGCCCGUCUCUGGAUGAAGACGGUGUCAUGGUCAAUUCCAGCAGCAGCAAGAUCUUGGAAAGGGCCCAUGGCAUCCUCAUGCGGAAUAAGAACUACAAGGCGAAGCCCAGCCUUCCAAAGCAUCUGCUGGACAUUAAGUCCCUCAGGUACCUGAGCAGUCUGACGCUGCAUGACCGCAUCACCAAAUCCCUGCUGCACCUGCACAAGAAGAAGAAGCCGCCCAGCAUCAGUGCACAAUUUCAGGCUUCUCUGAACAAGCUGAUGGAGACUUUGGGACAGUCUGAGCCAUACUUUGUGAAGUGCAUCCGCUCCAACGCUGAGAAGUUGCCGCUGCGUUUCAACGACACCCUGGUCCUGAGGCAGCUGCGCUACACCGGCAUGCUUGAGACCGUGCGCAUCCGCCAGUCAGGGUACAGCAUCAAGUACAGCCACCAGGACUUUGUCCAUCAUUUCCAUCUGCUCCUGCCUUACGGCUCCAGUCCCAUCCAGCAGAGCAUUAGUGAAUUUGUGCGGCAAGUGGACCUGGCACCAGAUGGCUGUCAAGUGGGCAGGACCAUGGUGUUCCUGCGGGAAGCAGAGCGCCAGCGGCUACAGGAGCUCCUGCACCAGGAGGCCCUGCGGCGCAUCGUCGCCCUCCAGCGCCGCUUCCGCGCCGUGCAGGAGAGGAGCCGCUUCCUGAGCAUGAGGCUGGCGGCCCGCACCGUCCAGCGCUGGUGGCGUGCUUGCAGGCCAAAGCACGCUCAGCCUGAUGGGUGCAUCAACAGCAGCCUCCACCAGGAGGCAGUGGUGUGCCUUCAGGCGGCCUGGAGAGGGCACUGUGCACGGAGGAGCUUCCUGCAGUGGCGGGAGGCGGCACUGGUUAUCCAGAGGAGCUGGAGGCAGCACAGACAAGGCUGCCGGGAGCGGGCCGCGCUCAUCGUGCAGACAGCCUGGCGCGGGCAUCGUCAGAGGCAGCGCUACCUCAUCCUGUGGAGCAGAGUGGUGCUCCUGCAGGCUGCCUGCAGGGGGCGCCUGGCGCGGCUCAGUUUUAAGGUUCUAAAAGAGCAUAAACCAAAGGAGAUCCCGCUGCAGAAUGGAGAGUGGAGCCCAACACCAGAUGCAGAAGCUGCGAGCAUGAAGGAUCACUCCUGUGAGGAUAAGAGGGAACUCCCAGUCUUUACUGGCCUCAAAGGGAGCCCCUGGCAUGGAGAAGCGGACACAGAUGUCCGGGAGGUGGAGGAUGGUGAGGUUCGAGGGGCGCCUAGCACCCAAGAUGAGCCCGUUCAGAAAACCAGGGCUAAGAGGGAGAACCGGAGGAUGAGGGAGCUGGAGCAGGCAAAAUUCAGCCUGGAGAUGCUGAAGGUGAGGAGCACUGCCGGGCGGUCAUCUCCUGAGUUGGUCCCAGGGAGUCUGGAGUCCCCACAAGACACCCCAGACAGCGAGAGUUCCCAGGAAAGCUUCCAUCUGCCAAGAACAGAAGAUGGUCCCCCUGUCACAUUGGAGGAGGUGGCAGACAGUUCUUCACCCAUAAUCCCUGGGUCGCUUGGAGAUCUUGAGUCAUGUUAUCCAAAUGAUCUGCUGUCUUCCGAUAUUCUUACCACUAGACUUGUGACAGACACAGAGAGCCCAGCAUCUUUCCCCAAGAUUGAGAACCACCUACCAACCUUCUAUGUGCCCCCCAAGGAGAGCAGAGAUAUCACCCACCGAUCCCCUGAGGGGUCUCCAACUCUUGAGCCAGAUAGCACAAGCAAGUCCCUGAAGGGAAAGAAGCUAUUGGCCAGUCGGCCGAUGGUGGUGGUCAUCAGCAUGCACAAGGAGACGCCGCUGGAUGACGUCCUGUCGCCGGUACCGGGGGUCUCUGACAGCUGUGACAGGACCAUCCUACAGGCUGACCUGUCCCCAACCCUAAGUCCAUCCCUUGCCCCGCCAACACCUCCAGCCCCUACCUCCAGCGGUCAGGCCGUGCUGGAGCACCUGGAGCGCCUGCAGGAUGAGCGGGAAGAGCGGCGACGUGAGGAGCAGCGGCGCAUGGAGCAGGAGAUGAUGGAGCAGAUCCGUCUUCAGCGUGAUCAGCUGGAACGGGAGCGUGAGGAGCAGGCGCGCAAGGAGCGGGAGCGGCUUCAGCGGCAACGCGGGGAGACCCUGCAGCGCAUCCAGGAGUAUCGGCAGACGGCCGGCCGUGGGCUCCAGCAACCCGAGUCUCCAGCCCCUGCCCCCUCCAAUCUGCCAGCCCUGGAUGUGUCUUCUGCAAGUCAAGCCCUCCCCGUUCCUCAAGCUGACGUAGGUGAAAGGGAGACUGUGGAGAGCACGUCCAAGGAGGACACACCCCCCAAGAAGUGCCACACCCAGACCAUCAGCAUCACCAUGACAGACAAGUUCACCGACGCCUUCUACUCCCCAUGGGACAGCAAAGCCUCCUUUUCCAGGUCUGAGAAGGACUUGACCAAUCAGGAGAGGUCCAUGGCAAUCCAGAAGGACGACUCCCCUUUGAGCAUGAAGCCCCCUUCAGGAUCUAAAGGACGUGAGGUGGCCGUGCCGGGCUAUAGAAAGAGGGUACGGAUGGCACGGACACGCUCUGACUUCCUGACCCGCGCCUCCAGUCUGGAGGGGGAGGUCGGGGGGGCGUCGGAGGAGGAUGAGUACGAUGCGGCUUCCCCCUUCACGCCCCCCUUGUCCCCCAGCCCACCCCUCCCCACGCAGGAUGCAGAGGGGGGUGCAGGCCGAGCCUGUCACAGUGACUCAGAAACGAGGAAGAUGCACAAGGCCAUGUCGUCCGGGGACCUGGGCAAGACAGACUCCCUGCGGAAGGGCUCCCACUUCGAUGGGAGCAGGGUCCGUGGGAAGAUGCGCUUCUGGGGAAAGGCGAAGCCAGGGGACAAGAAGGCCUUAUGGGAGAAGUCGGCCAGCAUGGAGGAGCCGCUGGAAGGGGAUGGCGCGGGAGGGGCGACGCAUGUGGGGGAGCAUGAGCGCCCCCACCCGCACAGCGUGGAUGUGGGCCCCGAGCGGGGACGGGAAUCCAAGGAGAACAAGGAACCGUCUCCUCGGGCCAAGCGGAGGCGCAGCGUGAAGAUCAGCAGCGUGUCCCUGGAUGCGGCACCCUGGCAGAACGACCUUCUGCGCAUGUUCACCGGCGCCAAUGACUACCGCUGCAUGAACGAGUUCCUCAUGAAGAAGAUAAAUGACCUGGAGAGUGAAGAUAGUAAGAAGGACACCAUGGUGGAUGUGGUCUUUAAGAAAGCCCUCAAAGAGUUCCGCCUGAACAUUUUCAACUCCUAUUCCACUGCUUUGGCUUUGGAUGACGGUAAGGGUACGCGCUACAAGGACCUCUACGCCCUGUUUGAGCAUAUCCUGGAGAAGAACAUGCGGCAGGAACAGAGAGACUGGGCUGAAUCCCCGGUCCGGGUCUGGGUCAACACCUUCAAGGUCUUUCUGGACGAGUUCAUGACAGAGUGCAAGCCCCUGGACAGCACAGCCAGCAAGGUGCCAAAACCGGAACGUAAAAAGCGGCGUAAGAAGGAGUCCGACAUUGUGGAGGAACACAACGGCCAUAUCUUCAAGUCCACGCAGUACAACAUCCCUACCUACUGUGAAUACUGCUCAUCUCUCAUCUGGAUCAUGGACCGCGCGUGUGUCUGCAAGCUGUGUCGCUUUGCCUGCCACAGGAAAUGCUGCCUCAGAACCACAGCCAAGUGCAGUAAAAAGUAUGACCCGGAGAUGACCCCCAGGCAGUUCAGCGUGGAGGUGUCACGUCUGACCAGCGAGGACAGGGUGGUGCCAUUAGUGGUGGAGAAGCUGAUCAACUAUAUCGAGAUGCAUGGCCUUUACACAGAGGGUAUCUACCGGAAGUCUGGCUCCGCCAACAAGAUCAAGGAGCUCAAACAAGGAUUGGACGCAGAUGUCAACAGCACCAACUUAGACGACUACAACAUCCACGUCAUCGCCAGUGUUUUUAAGCAGUGGCUGCGAGACUUACCAAACCCGCUCCUAACCUUCGAACUCUAUGAGGAAUUUCUCCGUGCUAUGGGUUUGCAGGACAAGAAGGAGAUGAUCCGAGGAGUGUACUCUAUGAUCGACCAGCUGAGCAGAACUCACCUGAGCACUCUAGAGCGUCUGAUGUUCCACCUGGUCAGGAUCGUGCUGCAGGAAGAGACCAACCGCAUGUCGGCCAAUGCUCUGGCCAUCGUCUUCGCCCCCUGCAUCCUGCGCUGCCCCGACUCCAUCGAUCCGCUGCAGAGUGUGCAGGACAUCAGCAAGACCACGGCGUGUGUGGAACUGAUCAUCUGUGAGCAGAUGAGCAAGUACAAGGCCCGCCUCAGGGACAUCAGCAGCCUCGAGUUUGCUGAGAACAAGGCCAGGACCAGACUCAACUUCAUCCGGAGGUCCAUGAAACCUGUACUAAUUGCCGUUAGGUUUAGGAACAUAACCCGAAGUAGCGUCCCGCCAAAUGCAGCUAAGAAGGGCAAGGUGCGGCUGCGCAGGGCUAUGUACCGCACGCCGUCGCCGCCCAUGAGCCCACGCUCAGCGUGCAGUGGGGGGGACAAGGCGGAGGACAGCAGCGCCGAGGAGGCCAGUGGAGGAGCAGAGCUGACAGAGCAGCAAGCCGCCUUGCAGCAGGAAGAGAGGCUGCUGAUGGUGCAGAUAGAAGGCCUGCAGCGGGAGAAGGAGGAGCUGACAUUUGACAUGCUCGCCCUGGAACCCCGGGCUUCAGACGAAGAGACCAUGGAAUCAGAAGCCUCCUUCGUCACAGCAGUCAGCUCGGAGAACCUUGAUGCGGUCGUGGAGGGAGCAGCCUUGGACCUCUCUGAGAGAGCGCUGAUGGCCACCCUGCCAAAGAGGUCUGAGAGCAAACGCAGGCGGCAUCUACGACGGCAGCCUGAAUCCCUGGACUCUGCCGAUUCCUCGGCUUCCAUCACCUCCUCCUUCCAGUCCCGCUCCUCCACCACCCGCCGCCUCCGCUACCGCUCAAGUUCGCCCCCGCCGCCACCCGCACAGGAGGUCGAGGACCGGCCCUGCUUCCCCACCUGUUCCUUCAGCCCCGAGAACGGCAGGCAGAGGACCUCCAAGAAACCACACCGUCGGCGACGGGACCCCGCUGAGGCCGAGCCCGACUUCGGCAACACCCAGCCGCUGGUUCUGUACGGCAGCAACGAGUUCAUGGUGUGAGACGUGCGUCUCCGGGGAAAGCUGCCUUUCCCCCUCGUCUUGAGCUGGGGGGGCUCAUGGAGCGGGGGCUACCUUUCAUGCGUCUGUGCCAUGGCCGCUGUCUACAGGAGAGGGCCUACUGGAAUACGUAGCUACACCCACAGGGGUAAAAUGGCAGUGAGAAAAAACAUCCACGUCCUGUGAAGGAUGUAGGUGGCAAUGGCAUCUGUCUCCAGGAAGAAGAAGGACCAUUGGACGACAGGGGUGACGCAAAACAGGAAACAGGACAAACUCGACCAAUCACUGCUCUCAGGUUUACAGGAUAGACCACUCAAGUGGGGCAGUAGGUACUGUUUUCGGAGAUGUUAAUGACACAGGUUGAAUGAAUCGCUAUGAUAUGAUCCUUGCAUACUUAAGCCUGAUCUUCACAGGCACCGAUGGUAUGAGGAAGCAGGUAAGGUGUGGGGAUGCGUAGGUUGUGUCGGGAAAUCCACUCGACGAUAUUUUUUUGUUCAUGCUGCUUUUGUUAUCCUUUCGUGGUGAGAAACACCAUCGAAUGUUCUGUUCUGGCGUGCAUCCGCCAAGAUGAUCGCUGCCAUUUUAGCUUUGUACAUUUGCAUCGCCACUGUCCGAAUUGUAAUGGUUAAAAUGUACCCAGAAUCCCUCGCCCAGCGCGAGACAUCAGUGUUAAACUAUUGAACUGGAACUUGAAUUUUUUUGUAAUUUUUUAAAAUUAUUGUGUUAAUGUUGGGAACAUGAGUUACUAUGUUCUGGUUGUUGUCAUGUCUGUAGCUGUGUUAGUCACACUCCCCGGAUAAUCUGACCAUGCCCUGGGUCACUCACUGAGCUCUCAGGCAGAUGUUUGGGAAGAGGGCUCCCCCUUCUGGUCUGUGCAUCAUGAUUUGACCUGCCUCCCCCACCUGUUGGUCCAUCCCGAAGAGGUCAUGUGGCACCACUGAGGGGGAGGUCGGUUCUCCUGACACUGCAUGUGGGAUGCGGUAGACAUACUGUCCAUCCAGCCCUGUCUAUGCACUGGCUCCACUGGCUUUCCUUUACUCAGUCAUGGCUGAAGGCACAGCUCAUCUUUCCCGGUGCUUCGUGCGUGAAUCCGUACUGUAAAUUUAAGGCUUCUAGAGUCUCCCAUCUGCGGCAUGCAGUGACUUCACGGUGACCCGCCCAGGCACGUGCCCUGACCAUCCCCCACCCAUCCCCCACCCAUUCUGCCCCACCCAAACAGUCCACUGAGCCAAUCAGCCUGGGUCUGAGCCCCCCGUCCACAGAUGGCGAAGGACAGCUAGGAAAUUGUAACCCCGCCCCUGGCUGUUUGACCACUCAGAUGUUAUCUGAGACCAGUCUUCCGUCCGUCCGAGCAGAAGUUUUCCGCAGUUCUGCCGUGAAGGUCCUGUGACGGCUGUGGAGGUGCGUGUCUGUGACGACCUGGACGUCGAGACUCACCACCUCUCGGUCUGCGAUUUCCCUUUAAGGAGUUAAAGCUACCAGGUAGACUUGAUGAUGUCCCGCUAGAUUUUGCUUAAGUGUCUCUGUUUUCCUGUUGCCCUGCACUCGCGAUGCUGUGACCCGGUGCAAUAUGCCAACAUGAAGGGAAAGAGUCUCCUGCAGAUGCCUUUAGGGACAAAGAGUACCCUGGAGAUGCUGGUAUUUAUAAAUCAAGAAAUGCACUUGCAGUUCCGUUCUCUGAAAUGGAGAGCUAAGGUGAAGCCAAAAGGAUGGUUACCUUCAGGCUGAAUGAUGCAAAAGACCUUGAUGAGGCCUCCUAGCCCACAGAUGGCCUUAUCUGCUCAACCAUCUCCCAGUUCGACUUGGGGUCUAAUCUGUCAUGUACUACAGAAAUCUGGGAAUGCCGCUCUCUCUGUUCAUGAAACUGCCUGGAAGUUGCUUGUGAGUAGAUGCACCUGUAAUAAACUCACUGAUCUUUAUUCUGAUGUCAGUAUUUCCCAAAGAAAGGUGCCAGCCUAGGUUCUGUUCAUAUAAUCGCUUAAUACCUGACCUAGGUCUCACGCCACAAACUGGCCGCAAAACUUGACCCAAGUUCUAACCAUGCAUUUUGCUCUGUGUUCUGUCAAGCUAAAAUGUGCUGUAUGUUGUCUGCCUGCUGUUAUGGAGCCCAGAAUCUUCCUCACUUUAAUACCGAGGUGACUGCUUCUGACAAAUAUUAGCGCCCCCCGCUGGCGUGGGGGACAAAUAGCUUCUACAGUACAUGCAGAUCUGUAGUUGUCUUUGGGUCCUGUGGGCUUGUCAGUGCUCUUGGCAUCCAGAAUUGAAUGCUCUAAUCACUGGAAAGGCAGACUCCACUUAAAAAAAAUGAUAUAUAUAUAUAUAUAAAUAUAUUAAAUUAUGAUUAUGCUCAUGAGUGUACAUUUGAAAUUGUAUCUGUUGUUAAAGGAUAUAUUAUCCUGUGUAUUGCAAGAUAUAUCAUCUUAAAUGUUUUUACUUAUUGCCUGUGAGACAGGGCUAAAGGACUUGAGCUUUGUAUUUCAGUGUGCUAUUUUGGACAGUGGUAUGUAUAAAGUGCAAUUUGUGUAAUAUUUCUUUUAAAAAGGAUUAAAACUGUAUAUGUCUAUGGAUGUACAAACAGGUUUAUGAACAAAUUAAUCUUCAGCUUAAUAAAAAAAAAAAAACAAG